AUGCCACUUUUCUCACAUAGGGGCCAUUCCUCGUCUUCAUCCUCCUCUUCUCUCCCAACAAUCAGCUCCAAAACCUUCAAACCUCAAAAACCCAGCUUCUUCCCCUCUCCUUUCUCCGGCCGCCAUGUCUCUCCUUUAAUCAUCUUCUGCUUCUUUUCGCUCUUCGUCGGCAUUUCCGGAACCCUGUUUGCUAUCGUUGCCAUCCGUCGCCACCAGCCUCUACCCGUCUACCGCUGCGGCGGAUCCGAAGAUGCUUUCCGCGCAUUUUACUCCUCAUCGACUAACCAUCUUGGAGGAGAUCAAAGUGUCCACGGUUUGGUUGAUCGCCCAAAAGUUAUUGGCUUUGUUGGGAUUCAGACAGGUUUCGAAUCUGUUGAUCGUCGUGCUGCCCUAAGGGAAACCUGGUUCCCUUCUGACCCAGAGGGCCUUUUGCGGUUGGAACAAGCUACUGGUUUAGCAUUUAGGUUUGUAAUAGGAUAUUCAAGAGAUGCAAAGAAGAUGGCAGAGCUGCAGAAAGAGAUGCAGAAAUAUCGAGAUUUCCUGAUUAUAGAUAAUGAGGAAGAAUACCUCAAGCUUCCAUACAAGACUUUGACAUUUUUCAAGGCAGCCUACAAACAUUUUGAAGCUGAGUAUUAUGUGAAAGCCGAUGAUGAUAUUUACUUACGUCCAGAUCGGUUAGCAACACUUCUUGCCAAAGAAAGAACCCAUUCACGGACCUAUAUAGGAUGCAUGAAGAAAGGACCAGUGAUCACUGACCCCAAGUUGAAAUGGUAUGAGAAAUCUGGACAUCUGAUUGGCAAUGAGUACUUCUUGCAUGCCUAUGGCCCUAUAUACGUACUUUCUGCUGAAAUUGUUGCCUCACUGGCAGUUGCUAGAAACAAUAGCUUCAGAAUGUUCAGCAAUGAAGAUGUUACUAUCGGGUCGUGGAUGCUAGCAAUGGAUGUGAAACAUGAAGACAACCGAGCAAUAUGCGAUCCUCGAUGUACGUCAACAUCUAUAGCUGUUUGGGACAUUCCUAAAUGCUCAGGUCUGUGUAAUACUGCCAGCCGUAUGAGAGAGCUUCACAAGAUUGAUAUGUGCUCCAAGAGCCCAACCUUACAACCAGAUGACAGAUGA